UAGUAUAGAGGAGGGGUGGGGACGGGGGUGUACAGCCCUGUGUACCGAUGACAGAACUGGGGUGUACAGCACCUUUUGUAGAAGAGGACCAGGGAGUACAGUGGCUUGUAUAGAGGAGAAGGGUCAGGGUGUAAAGCCCUGUGUACAGAAGACAAAAGUGCGGUGCCAAGUAUAGAGGAGAGGCAAGGUUGUGCAGUGGCGCCAGGUCCACCAUGUUCAGUAAUGACUUUUCUCCUGAGAUCCAUAGUCUAUUCGAUAAGCAAUAUACGUACAACAAGAGAGAGGAUUGGCAUCUGCCCGCACCCUCGGAUAUUCUGAGGUCUAACCAUGAGGAGUUCAGCCAGUUCCUCAUUCUGAAGGAGUCUUUGAACAAGGUGAAGAACCUUCUAAGUGAUAAAAAGCUGGAUGACUGGCACAGACACACAUCAUUCACAAACAAAGCAGGAAGAAUUGUGCCAGAGGUACGCAGACAGGCUAAUGCGGAGCUGUGCACUCAGGCCUGGUGUAAGUUCCAUGAGAUUGUAUGCAGGUACCCCCUGCUGCCCAACACGGCACUCUGGAGCUAUGAGCUGAACACUCUGCACCUGUGUGAGGCUCCUGGGGCCUUCAUUUCUAGCCUUAACCACUACUUGAAAACCCAAGAUGUUCGCUGCGAUUGGAAUUGGGUGGCCAACACUUUGAACCCUUACCAUGAGGCCAAUGAUGGUUUAGUGAUGAUUGCUGAUGACCGUCUAAUUGCCAAUACCUUACCAUGGUGGUAUUUUGGCCCAGACAACACUGGAGACAUAAUGAACACAAGAUACCUGGAAGGGUUACAAAAGUUCAUCAGUAACAUGUCCUCUGUACAUUUGGUUACAGCAGAUGGCAGUUUUGACUGCCAGGGAAACCCUGGAGAACAAGAGACCCUUGUCUACCCCUUACACUUCUGUGAGAUGGUCACCUGUCUGGCAACACUUGGCCUUGGGGGUUCAUUUGUCUUGAAGAUGUUCACCCUUUUCCAGCAUUCUUCUGUUAAUCUCAUGUACUUUCUAAACUGCUGUUUCCAGACAGUCCACAUUAUAAAGCCUGGUACCAGCAAAGCUGGUAAUUCUGAGGUGUAUGUGGUGUGCUUAGGCUUCAUAGGUAAGGAAGCUAUCCAGGGGCAUAUUGAGAAAAUGAUUGCACAUUUGGGGACAGAGGUUGGACUCAAAUCCUUGUUUCCUCAUAGCUUUCUCCCAGCAUCUUUUUUGCAGUGCCAUCUUGAUUGCUGCACUUAUUUUUAUGAGCACCAGACACAUACCAUCUUGGAAAACUUAAAACUUUUCUCACAUAUGGGAGAAGAGGAGAAAUUGCACCUGAACAUGUUGCGGGAGUCUGCUAUCUCCUAUUACUUGGAGAGAUUCCAGAUCAGGUACAUUCCCAGGAAACAUUGGCUGGUCCAGAAGCCCCGUGUUGGCUGCAGCUUUAAUGCACGGUGGGUGGGGACUCGUAAUCGCCGCACAGACACUUACAAUGAGAGGAAGCAACUAGAGGCAAUGACCUGGUCUGAGAAAGUCACUCAGGGGUACUUUACUUCCUUCUUGGAAGAACAUGUGACCAGUGACCUGGGUAGAGGUUGCUUUCUGGAAGGCUUGAACGAUGAACUGAAACAUGAAAACUGGUACUUCCUACAGGGACAGCGGCUCACAAGGAUCCAGAGCUCCUCAUUCUGUGACUGUGAUGUUCUAAAUAAAUACAAUGAAACUAUUGAGGGAUGUUCUGAAGGGGGGUCCAUAAUCUCCCUGUCAUCGCUCUCCUGCCCUUCCUGUGCCAUCCAACCUGCAGAAAAUGUAGUGUCGUCAUUGAUAGAGCUGGUAGAGAAUGGACAUCAUGUACUGGUCUGUGGGGCUUAUUCUGUGUUUGAGGUUCUUCAGCAGAAAAAGUUGUCUACAGGGUUCCUGGAGUGUUCUCCACAGCAUAAGGUCUCUCUCCUUCAUGAUGGUGAUCCAGCCUACCAGCAGCAGCUCAUCUCUUUAAUUCUGAAGGCUUUUCAGCAAUUACAGAAGGGUGAUUCAUUUAUUCUGCCAGUCCUGUCCUCGCUCACCCGCUUUACUGCUGGCAUUGUGUACAUAUUGUGCCAUUGUUUCCAGAUCAUCAGUUUCUCAUGUCCCACCAGCAAUCUAACCAAUGGAACCAAUGCUGUACUGAUGUGCUGUGGUUACCAGCCGCUUUCUAGCCCUGUUUUUCAGUAUCUUCAAAAUUUAAAACAGCUGGUAGACCAGCUAGUGAGCUCUGCUUCUUCUCAGCAGGUCCUGGAGUUUAUACCCAUGGAAGAACUUCUAAAAGGUUAUUUCCUUGAAUUCCUAUGGGACCUAAAUUCUGCCAUCAUCAGACGCAGCCUCCAUGUAAUUGGACUUCAUGAACAUGAAAAGACAGUAUCAAACAGGGGCCUGGUCUGUGCUUCAGUUCUACAAGGAGAAUAAAAGUAAAAGUGCAGAAAAUACUUCUGUCACGUACACAGAGUGGCCUCCAGAGUAUGUGAACAGGGGCCUUGAUGUAUUUGUCUGUCCGAAUUGUCUGAUUUGCUUGUAAUGCAGCUCCGCUUUAAUUUUACUAGCACAAUUUAAGAAAUGAAGACUAAUCUGUAAUUGUUUGCUAUGGGCAGAUCUUUUAUUUUUAAUUUUUUUUUUUAUAACUCAGAAAGAUAAGGAUUUAUUUUAUGACAUUGUAAACCUGUAUGAUGUAGAAUCGGCUGAUUAUUUUGCUGGACCUCAUUCAGUUGCUCUUCCUUCAUUGUCCCAUGUGGAUCACAAUUAUCAUGUUUGUUUGAAACUUUGAACUAUGAGAAAAUUAAAAAUAUUUUUUUUUGAUCUUUCUAAAAUUAUAUAUUUGAGGUUCUUGGCAUGUUUUUCUUAUGAUUAGAGAUGAGCGAACUUACAGUAAAUUUGAUCCGUCACGAAC